AUGUCCAUCACUCCCACAGAUUUUAAACUUCAACGAUCACCCAUCCCCACCAUAGACUCUCUUCCUGCCCUCAACGGAACCCAAUUCUGGCCUACUUGUGAUCCUCCACUUCACGUCAACAACGAACACCGUAAAAGCGACAAUAAUCUCAUUAAUACGUGGCAAACUCUACGAGCAUUAUCCUUCAAAACAAUGAAAAGGUUUAUUAGAAAAGGACUCAAAAAGCACAAUUCAGGCUGGAGCAAAGGAAGUUCGACCAAAACAACCGAACAUGAAACAAGCGUUGAUAAAAAACACGAAAUUGAACCGACCGUUAAAGAUCAAACCAACAAGAAUAGAGCGAACGAGUUAGAAUACUAUGAGAAGCAUUACAAAUAUCAAUACUCUUAUUCCACACCAUUGAAUUACAUGGAAUAUACUAUUUAUGAACCGCAAAAUAUAACUAGCGGAGGAUGUAUAACGGCAGACUGUACGAUAUCCGAUUAUACUACGACAUCGUUUCAUACGCCAGAUUGUUCGUUACCAUAUCAUAGAAAGCUCUCUUUAGAACAGAAACGCCUCUUGACUAACGUUAUACUCAUCAACAAACAUUUACUCCUAAAACCAGUCGAAGAUACAAAAUCACUAUCUAGACCUCCUUCGUACGAAAUAGGACCACCAAAAUAUGACACUGAUACUAGACCGCCGUCUUAUAAUAGUGAAUGGGAAGAUGAAGAGUGUGUAAAAGAGAGGGGCGAAAAGAGCACCAUUAUAAAGAUAGAGACAGAAACUGAUGGGUCGAUGAUUAAGGACGGGAACAGAAUAGAAAAUGCGUUAGACGGACACGAGAGCAAAAUAGUGCACGAUAAAGUUCUUCACUGUGCCAACGACGGCAUAGAAAGUAAACCGUGCAAAGAUAUAGACACUAGAGACUUAACAGAGACUGAUAGUCUGUUUCUUGAUUUCUUGCUUUCAGAAACAAAGACUACCCAAGAGCAUACAGAAAACGUCUGUAUUUGGUGGUGGAGAGGCGAAGUUGAUAUUCUCGAAAUUACAAAGUGCGUAGUAGUGUGA